AUGAUGAUUAUUCAAUGGAUUGUUCUUGUACUAACAGUAGUACACAUUAGCGCAUCGAAGUACGGCUCGCUUCUACAAGCUGAACCGAAUGCUUGUGCAAAUCCAGACGUUGCCUUCUGUGACUUUGUUCAGUGUGAAAAUGGGCGUUGUGUGGAAGAUAAGGCAAGUUCAGACUGUUUCAAGUGCGAAUGCAGCGCUGGCUUUACAGGCAAAUGGUGUGAUACAGCUGUUACUACACCGUCUGAAUGCCCGAAUGGCUGUCAGAAUGGUGGUACUUGCGAACAAACAGGUACAAAUACGUAUGCAUGUAAAUGUCCAGCAGAAUAUACUGGCAGUCAAUGUGAAACAAAUAUACUAGCAACGCAUCCUUGUGCAACAAUGCCAAGCGUGGUUUGUAAAAAUGGAGCUACAUGCACAAUUAAUGGCGCGGGAUACAUGUGUAAAUGUGCGCAAGGAUGGACUGGAGUGAACUGUGAUCAACAAGAAACUGUAACUCAAUGUGAUGCAAACACUUGCAAAGGACAUGGUACUUGUGUCCAACUUGUUGGACCAAACGGACCUUUGGUCAUGUGUAAUUGCGAAAAUCGAUGGACAGGCAAAUUCUGCGAUGUUGACCUCGAUAGUGCAUGUCCUGCUGGAUUUUGUCAGAACAAUGGCAAUUGUUUUACCGUUGGUAAUAUGCCCUAUUGUAACUGUUCAUCAGCGUACACAGGAGUACGCUGUGAAACACCACUUGGAACCGUAGGACCGGUCACAACGGUCACGAGUACAACAACGUCUUUACCACCGACCGCAACAAACGGAACGGGUGUAACUUUAAUUCCUGGUAACUGUGCGAACAGACCAUGUUCAAAUGGAGGCUCAUGUUUUAACACAGGCAAUAGUUUCGUUUGUCUAUGCAGUCCACAAUGGACGGGUGCAACAUGUUCCAGUCCUAAUGUUGCAACAACAACAGUUGCUACUACACCUGGCGUCAACCCAUGUACGACAAAUCCCUGUAAUAACGGUGGUGUAUGCUACAAACAAGGAAGUGCCAGUUUCGUUUGUGUUUGCCCUUCUCCUUAUGGCGGCCCUACAUGUGACAUAGUGAAAACGACCACAGCUGCACCAGUAACUGAACCCGGCUCUUCGAUCACAUGUGCAAAUAAGCCAUGCGAAAAUAAUAGUACGUGUUUCAAUAGUGGCAAUUCAUAUUUUUGCUACUGUGGAUCAAACAGUAAAUUUACUGGCAAAAACUGUGAAACACCGAUUACAGCUUCAACAUCAGAUUGUCCAUUGAACUGUUCACCUGGUCGAUGCAUACGCACUGGUAGCAGUCAAAACGCAUAUGCUUGUAUGUGCAAUGGUACUUUAAAACCUACAAGUUGCUCAUCAAACUGA